CACGCGAUACCGGAAGUGGGUGGGGUAACCUGAAAACGCUUCCGGCGACUAGCGGCAAUUGAGUUGUUGGUGAGCGGCGGGUUCCCGUCCGCGGCCCGCCGACGGGCGACUGGACGCCCUCGCCCACCGGUGCAGCUUUGCCUGAGUUCAAAAUGAACUAUAUGCCCGGGACCGCCAGCCUCAUCGAGGACAUCGACAAAAAACACUUGGUCCUACUUCGUGAUGGAAGGACACUGAUAGGUUUUUUAAGAAGCAUUGAUCAGUUUGCCAACUUAGUGCUGCAUCAGACCGUAGAGCGCAUUCAUGUGGGCAAAAAGUAUGGUGAUAUUCCUCGAGGGAUUUUUGUGGUCAGAGGAGAAAAUGUGGUCCUACUCGGAGAAAUAGACUUGGAAAAGGAGAGUGACACACCCCUCCAGCAAGUGUCUAUUGAAGAGAUCCUAGAAGAACAGAGGGUAGAACAGCAGACCAGACUGGAGGCAGAGAAGCUGAAGGUUCAGGCCCUUAAAGAUCGGGGCCUCUCCAUCCCUCGAGCAGAUACUCUGGAUGAGUACUGAGUCCUGUGCUCUAGAGAGCAAGGGCUCUCACCCAGUCACCGUUCACAUUUGACCAGACAGAGACUGUCAACGUGAAAACUGAUCUUAUUCUUUCACAUAUGCCAACAUGAAGAAAUCAUGUGAUUUUGUUUUUUUUAACAAAAUAAUUGUAUAUUUCAUUUUGCUUUUCUGUUUCAAACAGUUCAUUCUGUAGCCCUGGCUGACCUUGAACUCACUAUGUAGACCAGGCUGACAUCAGCUUGUGGGAUCACAGGUGUGCUCCACCAUUGCCCUGCUUUGUGGUUUAGAGAAACAGUGGCUUGUGGAGCUGAGAAUCACGUCUCGGUAUUGCUUUUCUUAUCUCAGAGUUUACAUUUCUUUUCAAAAGAUAUUUCCCUUUUACUGUAAAUAAAGAAUGAAUCUCUUGUGUCA